UCAAAACGUUUCCCUGCUUUUAUCUGCUCAACUCCGCUCCCACAAAUUGUUUUCUCGUCUAUCAAAAUUGGUGUCGCGCCGUUUGCAUGUCAUGAUGAUUUCCACCUGGAUUCUCCUCCUCGCUUCUUUCCUCAUCCCCGCGCUUGCCGAGAAGUUCACCCUUCCCAUCACGAAGACAGCAAGAACUAUCCCGAGAAUUAUCUCACCAUUCCCAGAUCAACGUAACCGAGCUCAAAAGCCCCUAAACGGCAAUUUCAAGCUUUCCUCCCACGCUCCUGUCAAUUCAUUCUCCAAGCCACAUGGCUCCCCAGUUGAAGAGCAAAAUUUCUUCCUAUACACAACAAACAUAUCCCUCGGCACUCCACCUCAAUCCUUCCGCGCAGUCGUCGACCUAAACUGGGCGGACCUCUUCGUCCCGUCAUCAGGUUGCUACUCACGGUCUCCAUACCCCCGAUAUUGCAGUCCCGGCAACGCCACCUACAACGCCAGUGCCUCAUCAACAUAUUACGACAACGGCACCAUCACGCAAAUCUCUUAUGGGCCAUUUGACGCUUAUGCUCGUCUCUCCGAGGAUGUUCUGACCUUUGCAGAUGGACUGCAAGUCCCUGGACAGGUCUUUCAUGACAUCAAGUACUACUCCUGGGUCGACAACUUUUAUACAGAUCUCUUUGAUGGCGUGGCGCUAGGGCUUGCUGUUGAGAAGCAAUGGAUGCCUGGUCUUGAUAGUCGUCCCACAGAGAACAUCCUCCCUAGCCCAUUCAGAAACAUGAUCGAUAACAACCUCCUGGAUGAGAACAUGUUCUCCAUCGUCUGGCCAAGCAAAACGCAGGAGGAAGGAAGUCUCGUCUUCGGCAGCUAUGACGAAGACUUGCUUGCUGGAGACUUGAUUUCUCACCCUUUGUUCCCAGAAGACACGACGAGGUGGCAAGUAGAGCUAGAGAACAUUUCCAUGGUGGGCGACAGCGACUGUGGGGGGAAGAAAGUCCUGGUCGACAAAUCCAUUCCUGGUGGCAAAGCCUUCUUCAUGUCUGUCAUGCCAUUCAUCGGUUUUCCCUACACGAUCGCUCAAAGCCUAGUGCACCACAUGUACGCGUGGGAAAGUCGUUGUGGGCCAUAUAUGGUCGUUGACUGCGACGAGAUUGCGUCUCUGCCGGAAAUCACGAUCGGGCUGAAAGGCCAGAAUGUGACGCUGAAGGGCGAAGAUUAUGUGCAGAAGAUUGGAUAUCCGUUGUCUUGUAUGUUUCCUGGGGAGGAGUGUGCGGUGAUGUUUGACGCGGUGAUGGAGUCUGAAAAUACGGUCAUUCUUGGGAUGCCGUUUUUGAAGAAGAUGAUGGGAGUCUUCAAUUGGGACGAGAAGACAAUUUCUUUUGGGGAGCUGAAGAAAUGAUAGGACUUUAGGGAAAGGAGAAAUUCUCACCCGAAAGGCGUUGUCGGGGUUUCACAUUGCAAAUGAUCAUCAGGAGCUGGAACCGAUCAAAUACCACUCCUGAAUAUUGUUCCACAGUGAGCAAAUACAACCGAUAUCAAGAUAAGAACGUUCAGAACUUAUUAGGUACUCGUAGUCUUACAUUUUACUAAGAAUUUCAGAGAUUCCAAGGCACCUUACCCCACACUUGCCCCGUAUUUGCAUUCAAGCCCACAGCUGAGGGGCUAUUAACACUAUCCCAUAGCGAUGAUUCCCUACAACCUAGAAGUUUGGAAGAUAGGUUGACUUGAAGAUGAAUUUAAUCCAAGAGUAAGAAUCGAGGUAAUAAAUGAGGGUACACAGGUGAUAUUAGAUCUAAUUAAUUUAAG